GUUUCUCUUUCUGUCAUUUUGUUUGAUUCAUUUACUUAAUUGAAUUUUUGACUCCUUUUGUGAUGCUGAUUGAAUCAUGCAGCAAAAUAUCAUGAAAUAAUUUCGACGUCAGCUGGUAUAUUCGUUAGCAUAUAGUACAUUGAAACGAAUAUUUGUGAUACGUUGAAGAGUUUUGUGCAAACUUAAACGACAUUACUGUAUGGAUUAUGUGUAUAAUUAUAGUGGCAAAGUGAUUGUGUUGCGACAUUGAAACGAAAAUGAGUUCGUUUGCGGACUCUACAUUUUCCAGUCUGGCCCUCUCUAAUUCCUCUGCAGAUGAGGGAUGCAUGCUUUGGAAUACUUCACAAAGUGUAAUAAUUACGCCAGUUUACAAUGGUAUACCUCAAACUUUGAUACUCAAUUUGAUAUCAUGGGCUUUAUUAAUAUUACUAUUUUGUGUUUUACGCCGAACGGCAUGGAAUUAUGGCAGGAUGGCCUUGGUGCAGCGGUCGAAAAGCAAAUGGACCAAUUUGUUCUAUCGCAGCGGAGAUAAUGAAGAGCUAGUAAAUAGAACGCGGAAUGCUGAAGAGGCGCUUAGCAUCGAUGAAGGGUUUUUCAACUGGCUGCCUGCGGUGUUCCGGCUCUCGCGCGAGCAGAUCCUUGCAAAAUGUGGCCCGGAUGCAGUCCACUACUUGUCUUUCCAAAGACAUGCCAUUACUCUCAUGUUUAUCGUCACAGUUAUUUCAAUUGGAGUCAUUCUGCCUAUAAACUUCAGUGGAGAUGUGUGGAAAGACGAUAAUACGACAUUGUCCAGGACAACUUUGUCAAACCUAAAUGGAAGAUCUUACUGGCUAUGGGUACAUACCCUGAUAAGUAUCUCGUUCAUACCAAUAUCCAUACUAAUCAUGAGGAGGUGCACUGGCCGCAAACCUGUUCCUACUUCUAUGACGGGUACUAUCAUGAUCACAAACAUAUCUAGAGCAGACAGAAAUGAGUCUACAAUAAGGGCAUACUUUGCCCACAACUUUCCUCACAUUCAAAUUGUGGAUUUACGUUUAGCCUUCAACAUAAACAAGCUGAAUGAAGUUCUUGAGAAGAAGGAGAUGGUAAGUGAAGCGCUCCUGUACACUGACACAUAUUUCAGGAAGACAGGGAAGCGUAUCAUGGUUCGACCUAAAUGGUGCGGAUCUGAAGUUGACGCCCUAGAGUUCUACACCAACGAGGAGAAGCGACUGAAGGAUGAAGCUAAAAGAUGUCGUGCAAUUGUACUCAAUGAUCCUCUAGGUAUUGCCUUUUUGACUUUGCCAUCUUAUCAACUUGCCGAACAUGUAAUCAAUAAUUUCAGUUUACACAGAGGCUGGGUUCUGAACCAUGCAACAAACCCAGCUGACAUAAUUUGGGAAAACCUCAGUGUCCAACCAGGGGUGUGGUACUUGAAGGCAAUCUUUGUUAAUUUCUUCUUAUUCAUUGUACUAUUCUUCCUAACAACACCUGCUAUCAUUGUAAAUCUUUUCAAUACAUUGGUUGCAAAACCUGAGCAUAUGACUAAAGUAAGCACAGUCAUAUUUGAUUUUCUCCCAACAUUGCUCCUGUGGACUAUGGCAGCUGUGAUGCCGGCCAUUGUGGCUUUCUCUGACAAAUUUCUUUCUCACUGGACUAAGUCUCAUCAAAACUAUUCUAUAAUGACAAAAACUGUGUCUUUUCUGUUAUUAAUGACUUUGAUUUUGCCGUCGCUGGGUCUCGCCAGCGCGGACUCGUUUGUGCGUUGGACUUGGCAUCACGAGAACGACACCAUGCGUUGGGAUUGCGUAUUUCUGCCUGAUAAAGGUGCGUUCUUCGUCAAUUACGUCAUAACUUCCGCAUUUAUCGGUACAUCUUUAGAAUUGAUUAGGUUCCCCGAGCUAUUCCUUUACGUGUGGUAUUUGCUGCAGUCGAAAUCGAAAGCGGAAAAGAGUUACGUAAAGAGAGCGAUUCUGUACGAGUUUCCAUUUGGAGUGCAUUACGCAUGGAGUAUCGCUAUUUUCUCGAUUACUAUGGUGUACAGUCUCGCGUGUCCGCUGAUAGCUCCGUUUGGAUUGAUCUAUUUUCUUCUGAAACACUUGGGUGAUAAACACAACCUGUAUUUCGCUUACGGGCCGUGUGAUAUGAGUGGUGUAGGGGGCGGUCGGAUUCACGCGACCGCCGUAAGACUAAUCCGCCUUUCUGUUGUGCUGUUAUUGAUCAGUAUGGCCGCGUGGGCCGGACUGCGCUCUGGUUUCGAAGCACGCACCAUAAUUUUGAUAAUGGCCUCUAUAGUGGCCUUUGCGACGUUUUUACUUCUAAGUCCGUUCCCUAGUUGCACGCCGCCUGCCCCAUUGCAGGAGGAACCUAGCGUGCAGUUCCCCGCGUACAUAGCCCCGGUUUUGAACAAACCCAUAGAUUCUACCCCUAGCACGGCUCCUGCCACCCCAGACUAUGGAGCAUCGUCCCCUGCUACGACCAUACAUUCAUACAGCCCAGAUCCAAUCAAUAUCUAAAUGGAAUUAACAAAUUGAUGUAUUUAUUGUCGGACGCGAACAGCAAUUUGAAGGUUUAAUCUCGAGAUUGUGCUUAUCUGUAGCGUCACGUUGCUGUCCCAAUCGAUAUAUGGACUAAGGACUAAAAUACUUUCGAUAAUGUAAAUAACGAUUGCAAUAUUUUUAUAAAUGAACGUAUCUUAUUUAAUUAUGUUGGAUGAUUGGAAUUAUACGUUAAUAUUUUAGUAGAACAUACGUUACACGCUCUAUAUACUUUCGGAUCACAUGGGCAUGUGUUUUACCUCGCGAAAGCUGCGUAAAUGAUCUCACUUGUUAAUGUUGCAAAUCAAUGUUCCAGUUAAAUUUUCCACAGUAUAUAUAUUUAAGGAAUUCAUCUAUACUUAUAACAAUUAUAUGCAUUAGAUGUGACCCACACUAUCCCUUCGUAUAGGCGUUUACUUUGUUAUACUGUGGUAUAAAUAGGUGAAAUUAGCUAUUUGGAAAAUAUUCCAGUUACUGGAUAACGCAUCGAAAUCCAUUGCGUAGUUUAAAAGAUCAGAGAAGUAGACCUGUAAAGUGAAUGUUUGAUUGUGAAAUAGCUAAAAUAAUUUUCAGCUAUACGCGGCACCACCAGCGGCACAAAGUAUAAUGUCACUCUAAGCGCUCCAACUAUCUUCAUACCAAAAAUCACCUCAACUUAAUAAUCCUUGACGUGAAAGAGUGACAAACAAACACACUUUCACUUUUAUAAUAUUGGUCGGCUAAGCUAAAAUGCUAACGCUAUUGAGUGUAAAUAUUUUCAGAUGUUAUUGUUUUAGGUAGAUAGCGCCGCAAUUGAUGUCAUAAGCCAAAAUAUGGCACGUAGGUAGUAGGUACCUAUUCCAGACAUCAAAGGACUUUUUUAUCUUCACCUAAUGCUAAAACAUCGAAUUUAUUCAUGCAGCACGUUUAGUAUUAUAUACCUAGUUGAAUUCACGCAUAACAUGGAAAAUUUAAAUGAUGUUAUCGUUUAUUGCCAAUAUUUAUGUAGGUACAUCGAGUAUUGAGGUUUGUGAUAUUUACGCAUCUUCUCUAGUUUGCUAGUACUUGUUUAUCUAAUCCAUAACAUAAAUCCUGUCUUUCAAAUUACAUCAUUGGUUUUAGACCUUCCAAAUUGUGUGACUCAACUGAACAACUGCAAUCGAAAGUUAGGAAACUAUUAAGCAACUCUUCUCGGGCAGUCAGUCGUAUGAACGGCAUUCAUACAGUUAAAUAUAUUUUUUAUAAAGGAAAUUGUUAUUCUUAUUUGAUUAAUACAAAUCCUCGUUAAACAAUAUCCUGGUUUUUACCACUUAAAAUUACGUUUUCAUAAUAAAGAACAACUAUGUUCAAAAUAUAAUGUUGUUUACGGAACCUUUUAACAUACCCGUUUCAAAAUUAUCGCCACUUCUUUUCCAUCUCUUGCCUCUAUUUGUUUAAGUACCUAAUAAGUUAUUAUGUACCUACCUACCCACAACUUUGUUAUGAUUCUGCUUCAUAACAUGGAUUAAAAUCCAUCCUCCAAAAUAGCUAGAUGGAUUGAUCGAACCACAAGCAAAAUAAAACGAAAUUGCCAUAAAAAAAAAAGAAAAUAAAUCUUAAAACAAAAACAAAUUUUUGUACGAAACAUGGGUUUUAAUUCGUGGCGCUUUCAUUUGAAAUACAUACAUAUAAACACAUGUUUGUUAAGGGCCAAUAACCGUUUAUGUGUAAAUCAACAAAAUGCAUUGACGCGAUAAAUCAAAUUGUAUGUGUUUUAUUAUAUCAAGUUGUACGUGUAUAAAUUGGCUUUCACGGUGAAGACUUAGAAAUUACCCGUGUGAAAACUUUUUCCAAUAACGUUACCAACACCAUUAAAUCGGAUAGGUUUAUUGAUUUUUUAAAUAAAUGAGUAGACAGAGAGGUAUAUAAUAUAGUGUAUUAUAAUAUAGUGUAUUUAUCUAAAUUGAAAAAGCUAAAUGAAUAGUUGAAUCCUGGAGUCAUCAUAACCAAAGACAUGAUAAAUGCAUGUCUGAAUCUAACUGACGCAGUCUGAAGUCAGUUAUUAAAUUGAGGCUAUCUAAAGAACCAUUUAAAAUUAAAAUAGAUCGCUUGCGAUGUGACAGAGAUUGAAAAGGACCCCAUACUGUCGGUUUAUUGAGAUCCCAUUUAUGCAAAUGAAAGUUGAUCUUUAGUAAUGAGUCCAUUGUAAAACAAUCAAUCCUUAUAUCGUCAAACUUCAUAUCACUUAUCUGUCGUCCCUCCAGCGCCAGGCACAGUAAAAUUACGCUGGAGUUCUUUCCAUCUCUUUCUUUAUCUUUAGCCUUUGGCCAUUUUGAUCUCCCUCCCACAACACUUGGACUAUAUAAUAUGGCCCAUAUUGACUUUCCUUUCUUUAAGUUCUUUCACCCAAGUUCGAUUUGAUUUGUUCAUACCGUUCUUCGGCCCUGAUAUUGUCUUCUACUACACUGCCGCCAGACUGGCGCUGUUUAGACUUACUCUGCCCUGUCUAUGAGCUCCCAACGCUCCACACAUUCAAAAUGUGAACUCGUUGGAACUCCUCUCAGUCCCCCCCACGAUUGCCACACGUGAAGGUGUCCGAUAACCAACUGUAUGAAUGAGCCAGAGGUAGACCUUGAUACAAAGGUUAUCCGCAAUUUUACUACUCAAAUCUAUUUCUGCAACUAAACAGCAGUGCUUGCAUUGUUGAGUUCCGGUUUGAAUGGGUAUAGGGUACUGUGACCAAAGAACUUAAGUCACCAAACGCGCGUUCCCAUUAGGUGGGUCGAAUACCUGUUUACCUACAUGGUGCAUAUAGUAUAUAAAAGGAAGAACCAAGUUGAUCGGUCUGCUGGUGGCACGACGCUGGCUUGUGAAAUGGACAACACGAUUUUUUUUCGGAUAACAGUAUAAGUAUUGUAUUGCGGUAGUUCAAAAUCAAAAUCAAAAUCAAAUCAUUUAUUCAUAAAUUAGGCCUUCGCAGGCACUUUUUCACGUCAUAUUCUAAAUUAAAUGAUGUUUACCAAAGCUACAAACUACUAGCAUUUCGGAACGACCACUGCUGAGAAGAAAUGCCGAAAGAAACUCAUUCAAACAGGGCUUACCAUUUUUUUAAAUAUAAAUUUAUGUAUAAUUUUUAUCAGUAAUAUAACAAUGUAAGUACACAAUAAAGUACGUGGUCAAAAGGUAUACUGAAACAUAUUAUGAUUGUGAUCAAGUGCUGAUGAAAGGAAAAUAUAUAGUUUGUGUUGUUAUUGAUACAACAUUUUCCUUAGUGACCUCACUGAUUCUGAAGACUCUAAUUUUAACCUUCCAACUCACUGUUCACUUUGACUUCGCUUCGAAUAUCGAAUGUAGUCUUUUAUGACUCGUGGUCAUUGAUCGACAGAUAACGUUACUUGUUUUGUUUUACUUUAUCUACUACACGUGGCAGAUUGCCAGUACUCUUAUACCACUUAUAAAGGAGCCACAAGUGAAUAACUAUUAUUCAUAUUAUAAUGAUGAAUGAUUAUAUUAAUGGCAGUAAUGACUAAUCGACGUGGUACAUCAAAUCCUAGUUAUCACAACGCUUUUAAAGUCUUGCUUUAAAUUAUUUCUUAAAUCUUUAUAAUUAGGCAUAGUGAAAAUAAUUAAUUACCUGUAAGUAAAUGAUUACCAUACCAGGAAUAUAUGAUACUGAGUUUGCUCGGGGCUUCACUCCCGUGGAAUUUUGAGAUAAAAUAUAACCUACAGCAAUCUUCGAUGAUGUAACUUUCUAACGGUAAUAGAAUUUUUGAAAUCGGUUCGGAGUUUACCCGCCUCAAACAUACAAACUCACAAACGCUUACCUCUUUAUAAUGAUAGUAUAGAUUAAGGACGCGUGUAUGUUCUUAUUAAUCGAAUAUUUGAGUUUUUUUUAACCAUUGCUUCUUUUAAUCCUAAUCUUGUUAAGGACUUGUUGGUAGAGCUGGCACCGGCUCACAUUACAUGACAUAGGUGAUGGUCAUAAGUAAGUCUCCACUCUUACGACAUUAAGAAAAUAUAUUUCCGGUUUCUAUAGAUCUUUAUUCAUUGGUACUGGGUUUGCGGACGGGUUUACAGGUUACGAUCGGCUUCGGAAGUACACAAAAUUAGACAAUGCUCUGCUUCCUUAAACUCGUCUUUGUUUUGUAGUAGCAUUCGGUUGGAUGUUGAAAGUUAAAGUUAGGGUAGUUGUGACUAUGGGUAGCGAGUCGCGGCUAAUACCGAUUUUUAUGAAUGUAAUAGUGAUUAUUUUUCAAAGCCAGAGAGUCUUUAGUUUUUGUUUAGACAUAAUUUAUUUUUGUUUUUUGAUUUUCGUCCACUCAACUGUAUCUGAAUGUACGAUUACUAUUUGGCUUUAGAUAAAAGGCUAUUUACGUAGGUAUACAUGAUAAUAAUUUUUCCAUAACAAAAAAGUGAGCGCAGACCGUUUGCAGGUAGGUGUAUAAUCAGACAGCGACCAAAUUUCCUCAAUCUGUACAAGCAAGAAACAGUAACAUUAUAUUUAAACGUUUGAAAUUGGCACUAUAUUAUUGUGACGUUGAUAGUAUGUAUAUUCUUAUCACAUUCUGUGCAGCUGUACAAUUCCGUAUUAGUCAACAACGUAAAUGGAUAUGCAGAACAUACAUAAUUAAUUGGAUAUGACCUACCUACUUAUACAGACAGCAGCAAAUCAAGCUGUUCACUUUGCAGCUACAAAUCUUUCAUAGUUUCGAUUUUUAUGAUGGUUUACCUGAUUACAGCAACUAUUACAUUGUGGCAAAAUAGAGGUUUACGUUUGCUACUGAAUAUGGCACGCAAGCGCACAAAUUGAUGAAAUAAAAUACAAUGAACUACAUCUUUGUAUCUAAAAUUGCUAACGCCACAAGUUGAUACCAGUGCGGGUCCCUUGAGGUUACAAUACCACUCGAUAACAAAGAUCUAAUAUUUUAUGUAUCCUGCUAAAGUAUUAUAUUGAAACGGACUACACCACAAUAAGAGCACAUUUCUGGCAAUGUAAUCCCGAGCGCAAUAUUACCUAGUUGUGGCAAUACCUCCAGGGUCAAGGUGUCCAAUUACUUGUCAAUGUACUUAGAACGUUCCAGAGAUUGUAUUUUCUCACAGUAAUUGUAGUUAUCAGGAGGAUUUAGUGCUACUUACUUGUUCUCUCUAUGGCAAAACUAACUCUUAACAAAUUCAUUGUCAUCCUCCAAAUUAAUCAUAGAAAAA